GAAAAAUUUCAAUUAUCUAACUAAUCUUCCAUUACCUUGUAAAUGGAUGCUACCUACUGCCAUAGACAUUUAUACAACAAAAACAAGCUUUUGCUUCAGACUCUAGAUGAUACUAAAUUCGAUCCGGUUUUUGUCGUCUCAUAGCGGUUGGAUUCAGACUACUUAUCGGAAAACAAAAUGGUAUCGAAAACCAGAUUUUGGUAUCCUUUUAUCCUGCUGAUGUUCUUAUGUGCUGGUGCUGCAAUGGACACCAUCAGACCAGGCAACCACUUGAAUAGCUCAACAACAGUGGUUUCAGUUGGUGAAAUGUUUGAGUUGGGAUUUUUUCAACCUACAGAUUCAGAACAUUACUAUGUGGGAAUUUGGUACAAGAAUAUCAAGGAAGAUCCAGUGGUUUGGAUAGCGAACCGGGAUUAUCCGGUCACUGCUUCGGCUUUUUUCUGCAUAAGCGAUGAUGGCAACCUUGAGAUUAAGCAAGGUAGGAUCAUUUACAGGGUGACAGAUAUGACAUUACCUAAAGCAAAUGUGAGUGCUAAAUUGUUGGAUUCAGGCAAUCUUAUUUUGAGAGAUGAAAAUUCUAGCAUAUUAUGGCAAAGUUUUGAUUUCCCUUCUCAUACUUACUUGCCCGGUAUGAAACUCGGAUACGAUACAAGGAUUCAGAGCACUUGGUCGUAUGUCUCGUGGAAGAGCUCCAAUGACCCGAGUCCUGGAAAUUUCACCCUCAAAUUGGAUUCCGGACCUGAAAAACAGAUCAUGAUCUUGAACGGAGAUGCGAUAUACUGGAGAUCAAUUAGGUCAUGGGGAGAUAGCAGCAACUUCUUUGAAUUCCCUGUUGAAACAAGGUUGAACAUGUACAACUUUAGCUUUGUUUCGGAAUCUGAUACGGCUUAUCUCACUUACAACAUCUAUAGGAACGACACGAUCAGUCGAUUCACGAUCGAUGCAACGGGACAAUUGAGGCAACUCUUAUGGUUAGACAACGAAUGGAGCGUGUUGAACAGUCAACCGGUGCAACCCUGCGAAGUAUACGCUUACUGCGGUGCCAAUUCGAGCUGCAGCAACGUUUCAUCACCAAUUUGUAGUUGUUUACCAGGAUACAAACCGAGUUCGGUUGAGUUUUGGAACAAUGGAGAUUUCAAAGAAGGAUGCUCAAGGAAAAAUGAAUUGCAAUGUGGCAAGAACGAUGGAUUUCAUAUGCUUACUAAAGUAACAUUGCCACAAAAACAUCUGACACGAGAGGUUCAAAGCUUUGGUGACUGCAGGUCAUCCUGUUUGAGUAACUGCUCGUGUUCCGGUUUUUCGUAUACCGGUCGGAAUUGCUCGAUAUGGACCGGAGAACUAAUCAAUUUGCAGCAGCUACCAGUUAAUAAUAGCUCUGGAACAGAUUUUUAUCUCAAACUAGCAGCAACUGAUUUGGAGACUAAAAAAAGCUCAAGUAACAUGAGGAGAGCAGUUAUUGUAUCAGUGACGGUAACUAUGACAGUUUUUACUUCAGCAUUUUGCAUUUGGCAAGUGAAGGUGAAGAGAGAUAAAAGAAAAGGGCAAGACUUGUUAUCAUUUGAAGUUACUAUGAGUCCAUCACAUACCCAAAAGGAACAAUGUAAAGGCAGAUGGCAAGUGGAACAUGAGAACGAAGUGGAAAUUCCAUUAUUCAGCUUUUCCAGUGUAUCUGCUGCUACUGAUAAUUUCUCAUUCUCAAAUAAACUUGGAGAGGGUGGUUUUGGACCUGUAUACAAGGGAAAAUUAUUGAAAGGGGAUGAAGUAGCAGUGAAAAGGCUGUCGAGACAAUCUGGGCAAGGUUGGGUUGAGUUAAAGAACGAAGCAAUGCUAAUAGGCAAACUCCAACACAAAAAUCUCGUCAAACUUCUUGGUUGUUGCAUUGAAAGAGAUGAAAAGAUUCUUAUCUAUGAGUAUUUACCCAAUAAGAGCUUGGAUACUCUCCUCUUUGGUACCAAUGCAAUGGUUACACUACCUUGGAAAACUCGAGUUCGAAUCAUCGAAGGGAUUGCUCAAGGUCUUCUUUAUCUCCAUCAAUAUUCUAGGGUUCAAAUUAUUCACAGGGAUUUGAAGGCCAGCAACAUUUUGUUGGAUGAAGAUAUGAACCCUAAAAUUUCGGACUUUGGGAUGGCUAGAAUUUUUGGAGGCACAGAACAACGAGCAACUAAACGAAUUGUUGGAACUUAUGGUUACAUGGCUCCUGAAUAUGCUUUGCAAGGCGUCUUCUCAGUGAAAUCAGAUGUCUUCAGCUUUGGAGUUUUGUUGUUAGAGAUUUUAAGUGGCAAAAGGAACACCGGUUUCUAUCUAAGCAAUUCUCUCGAUCUCAUUGGAUAUGCAUGGGAUCUUUGGACAAGCAAGAGGCCACUAGAGUUUAUCAACCCUGAAACGCAUGAUGCGUAUUGUCCAAUUGCAGCAACUAGAUACAUGAAUAUUGCACUCCUUUGUGUUGAAGAACGAGCGGCCAACCGACCGAUAAUGUCGGACGUUGUCAUGAUGUUGAACAAUGAACUCACCGUCUUACCUUCUCCGGUGCAACCGGCUUUCUCGAAUGCCAGAAAUGUCCAAGAUUCAAGUCAAAGCAUCCCAGAAACCUCUCAAAAUAAACUUACAAUCUCAGUUAUUGCUGCUCGAUGAAACUUGUUUGUUUUGUUUAUUCUAUUUAUUUAUAUGAAAACUUGAAUGUUUGAUUGAUUUGGCUAUUGAAGAUCUUCCUUUCUGCCAUAUAAAUUAUAUGGCAGAAAACUAUAAGGGACCUUCAAGAAUGUAUAUAGAAUGUAAAAACAUUGUACAUCUUUUUCUUAUGGCAGAAAAUUUUGUAAUUAUUGGAACAUUUUCAAAUAUUUAUAGUAUCCCAAUAACUAUAAA